AUGGCAGGCUCCGGCGACCUCCAAGAGCUCUUUUUACGCCUCAGACGCUCCGACGAAGAUUCGCACAAACAGCAGUCGCAGGACACGCAACAGCCCUCGAUAUGGGCGAACCCACAACAGCUGCCAUACCAACAGCCUCAGUUGGCAUCGCCACUGUUCAGUCCGCCAAUCAAUGCAUCAAGCUCCGUCACACCCGUGCCCGAUAGGCAACGAACUGACAAUCUGCUCAAUCUUCUCAAGUUCAACAGCAACACCAGCCAGUCGAACACGCAGGCGGGCGCUAUGGCGAACCUGCAGAAUAUCGGUAGUCGGAGCAGCAGCCAGUCCAAUGCAAACGCCGGCUCGGGCAAUCAGCAGGAGUUCCUUCUCAAUUUGUUGAAGAGGCCGAAUGCGGCAAGAGCAACUCAGUCACCCGCUCCUGAGGACAAACCAGUGCCAUCGAUUGAGCGCGAUGUGUCUGUGGAAAAGCUUGCGAACAGCUUCUCCGAGGCGGCGCUCAAUACCAAGUCACCUCAGCCAGCAUCUCGUGAGCCUACACCUGCGCGCCAAUUCGGUAGCAGAGCUUCGAGAGAGACCACGCCCUUCGACGCUCCUCAGCCGAGCAAGGCGAGCAUGUUCAGCUAUGUCAAUCCCUUCGAUCAGCUGCAUGCUUCUUCGCCACUGAAUCGCACACCCAACCCUGAGGCUCAGAUCAAAAAGGUGGAGAUCCUGAAGCACGAUCGCGAUAUCUCCUCCGCCACCAAUGGAGACGCCUCAGGGCCCGCCAGCAAGACUCGGAAGCUCGGCUCUUCGGCUGAUACUAAGGGCCAAAGUGUGUCAGAAGCAUUAGAAGGUGUAGGCGAGAAAGUGGACAAGCAGGUCGAGGACGCACUGGCAAAAGCCAAGAAAGCCCCUGCAGCAGACAAUGACGACGUCGAGUCUAGCUGGGAAAGUGCAGAGGAUUCCGCACAAGAGAAGAGCAUGAAGGAGGACUUCAACGUCAAGGUCUACAACUUCCCAAUGAAGCCUUUCGUGUCUAUCACAAUCCAGGGCGACUCCGCCAUGCCGAUUCGCCAAGACGACUUCAUGGUCAUUGCUCAGCUGAAGAAGGAAUUUGACCAAAUGGAUCGCAGCCUUGUCACCGCCAGCCAGUCGCAUAUAGUAUAUGCUCAGACUGCGUCCAAGAAGGACAACGCCGGGUUCCGCAUCAUCCGUCAGGAUACCGGAGAUCAUAAGCAAGUCUUCCGUCACAGUGGCGAGCGCGUUUUCAGUGUACAGCUUUGCACUUCUGCUCCUGGUGGCGAUGUGGAGAGCGUGCUCGGUACUGGUAUCAAUGGGUCUGUCUUUUGGACAUCAUUGGCAAAGUCGGGCCCUGAGCUGUUUGCCGAGGAUGACGUUGAGGCUCAAGGUCUGAUUAUGCCAGCUGUGGCGACGCCAGAGGAGAACACGAGCGGCUCGCCUGUUAAGACCCGUGCGAAGUGUAGCUCGCGCUCCACCGAGCUGUUCGCUCUUGCUCGCAGCAAGACCAUCAGCAUUGUGGCGCCUGAGACUGCUAAGGACCGAGAGUACUGCGAUCACAAGUCUCGCAAGAUCGACAGCGAGAAGUACUUCGCCGAUCACGGUCUACGUAUCAAUACUGGCAAGGCUGGCAAAGACUUUGCUUUCUCUGAGGACGAUACAGUUAUUGCCAGCUUGGAUAAGAGUGGCGUGGUCAAGUUCUGGGACAUCAAGGAUCUCGCUGCGCGCGCCAAGGACGUUGCUCAGCCUAAGCAUGCGCCGGUCGAGCUCAAGGAAUCCAUCUGGAGCUUGACCGCUGUAACUUCAGGCAGCAAGUCAGAUGACAAGCCUUCGGUGUCUUCGAUUAUGCUUCUUGACAAAGAGCGCCCUCACAGCAAGGCAGUGGCUUUACGUUAUAUGCUCGUUGGCUUCAAGCAGAACCACAUCCUUCAGCUGUGGGAUCUUGGAUUGGGCAAAGCUGUACAAGAGCUCCGUCUACCGCACGAAAAGGACAGCGAUGGUUUUGUUAGCAUCAAUUACCAUCCCAAGACCGGUAUUAUCGCUCUCGGCCACCCAACACGGAACACGAUCUACUUCAUUCAUCUCAGCGCACCGAAGUACAACAUCGCCCUCAUGGAUCAAGCACGGUACAUCGACCUGCUGGCUCGUCGUGAUCCAAGCCUGCCUAAGCCCGAAAGCACGGCCAUAAUGAGCGGACUUAGGGAGUUCUCCUUUGCCAAGGUCGGCCAGCUUCGGAGCAUCGAUAUGUUGAGAACACCGGUGGAAAAUGCUGCUGAGAAGGGGUCAGCUGAUGAGACCUUGUUCGAGCUGUAUGUCAUGCACUCGAAAGGUGUCGUUGGUAUCCCGAUUAAGCGCAUCGACAUGGGCUGGGAUGCUCACAGCAAGAUGAUGAACCCUAUUGAUGCCGUGCAGGCUGGCGUCAUUACUGUGGCCGAGCUGCGCAUGCCGACUGCCGUAAAGGAGCCAGUCAGUGUACCUGCUGAGGCCGCUGCACCAGCUGUGAAGAAGGAGGUAAAGAAGGCGGAGAAUGCGAAGCCGGCUGUUUUGAAGCCUUCUGAGCCUACCGGUACACCAAUUGCUGCUUCGUCGGCGCCCGCCAUUAACGGUGACCAGCAUACACCGAAGCCUGCUAUUGAGAAAUCCUUGCAGAUCCCCGAGGCUCCAUCUGAAACGAACCCGCCUCUGAUCACGCCUGAGGCUUACACUAAAGUCGCCGAUGAGAUCAACGCACCCAAGUCUGAGCCAGUUGCUGCAUCUCGAAGUGCCCCAGCACAAACCGCUGCAUCUUCAAGCGACACCGAAGCGCUCUCAAAGCACUUCAGCUCCCUCUACCAGCGCCUCGAUGCCGACAAGCGUGUCUCGGAAGCUUCAGGUGCUGCUAGACAAGAUGCUAUGCUUCGCCUGGUGUCCGCGACUCUUACGGAGAAUGUCGAGCAGAGCUUGCAACGCAUCAUCACUGCCAACAUCACUGACAAGGUUAUUCCUGCUCUUGUGGCAUCUGUUGGGAACAGUAUCGAUCGCAAGUUGGCGGAAAUCCUGCCCAAUCAGCUCAACUCGAUCACUGCGCGUGAAAUGAAGGCAGCGUUACCGUCUGCUCUGCAGAGUGCUUUGAAGGACCAACAGGUUGCCCGCGCCGUCUCAGAAAGCACUGCUACAAAGGUGCAGCAACAAGUUUCCGGCCUGCUUCAGCAGUCCUUACCAACCAUGGCAACUCAAGCAAGCUCGAAAAUGGUCGCCGACCUCGAGAAGCGCACAAACGAUCGUCUUCGCGAGGCAGACAACCAACGCCAGCAAGCUAACCAAAAGAUCGAAGAGCUCUCGAACCUCGUCCGCAGCCUCUCGGGCAUGAUUCAGUCCAUGGCCGACAGCCAGAGCACUUUCCAAGAGCAGAUUCUCAAACUCCAGCGUGAGCGGAAAGAGGAAGCUGCGGCUCAGAGCACCUCUCACAAGUCUGAUACUUCGACUACGACGACCACUGUAGGUGAUCCGGAGAAGACAGCUGAGGAGCGCGAAGUUCAUGAGAUUACGCAACUGUUGGUCGACUCUAACUACGAGAACGCUACAGUUCGCUGGCUGCAAAGUGCGAACCAGGCAGCGUUGUUCGACAAUCUCUUUGUCCGCGUGAAUCCGCAGUACCUUCAACGCGUCUCGCCUCUCGUCGCCCUCUCCGUCUCCGCUGCGUUGACUGCGACACUCGACACGAAUACCAAAGAGCGUCUGGAAUGGCUCAAGGUCGUCCUCAGCCAGAUGAAUAUUAAAGACGCGGAAAUCUCGGAUGUAGUACCACAUAUCAUGGACGUGCUCAGUCAGAGGCUGCAGGGCGCCUACAUGGUGUUGUCCGAGGAGCAGCCGAACAGUCCUGCGUUGAAGAGUAUGGCGCAAUUGAACAGGCAGGUUGGAGAGAUUAAGAGGGCGCUUGCGUGA